AUACAGAACCAAAAAAAAGUUCUGGGCAUGCAAUUUCCGGACAAGAGAACCGAAUUCUCCGGAGCUCAAGCCUCUGCGUCGAAUUCUGAUCUGACCCGGUUUCCGUACCCGUACCCGUACCAGUUUCCUCCUCUGCAGCGGCGGCUCUCGCCAGAGCAAGAGCUCUCCGUCAUAGUCUCCGCCCUGAAACACGUCAUCUCCGGUGACGAAACGGCGCCGUUCCACGGUUUCUCAGAACAGAGUACUGUGAUCGGUGCAGGGAUGCCCCGGUCGGAUACUGACACGUGUCAGGUAUGUAAGAUCGACGGUUGUCUGGGAUGCAACUACUUCUUCCCACCAAAUCAACGAACCGAAGAUCAAGGAGGAGAAAAGCAGAGUGUAGUGGCGAAGAGGACGACACAAGUGGAGGGCGGGAAGAUAAGGAAGAGGAGGAACAAGAAGAACGGAUACAGGGGAGGGAGGCAGAGGCCGUGGGGCAAGUUCGCGGCUGAGAUCAGGGAUCCCAAGAGAGCGACACGUGUCUGGCUGGGGACAUUCGAGACGGCAGAGGAGGCGGCUCGAGCUUACGACCGAGCCGCCAUUGGCUUCCGAGGGCCACGGGCCAAGCUGAACUUCCCAUUCAUGGACUACACUUCAGCUGCUGCUGCUGAUACGAGUGUCAGUGCCAGUGAGAGUGCGAGUUUGACGAAUUCUCAUGAGGGUGAAAUGGAAACAGAACAAUGGCGAAGUGAAGGAGGAGAUGGAGAGAUGGAGGAAUGGAUGACUAUGAUGAUGAUGGAUUUUGGGACUGGAGAUUCUUCUGAUUCAGGGAACACCAUUGCUGAUCUGUUUCAGUGAUGGAUUGCACUUCGGACAAGGAAUCUUCAUUCGUGUUCGAAUCUGAAUUUUAGGAGGGAAACUAAUAUAUAGUGGGCGAUGACAAGCUGGUUUGAUGCAACACAGAAGAAUCUCUUGUGGGCGUUUUUUUAGUUGAGAGCAAGAGAGAGACAUAACAAUGGUGGUCUUCUGGGAAAUUGUUCUUGUCAAAUGGCAAGCAAGAUUUUUUAGAUGUUUUUUUUUCUCUUACACUUGCAGAGUUCAAUAAAGUGGUUGGCAAAUGGAAACGUAAA